AUGUUAGAAUCAAAAGAUUUUCUUAAUCUGGAUGUUGAUAAAUUAUUUGAACAACAUACCAUUAAAGAAAUAGAAGGAGUAAAUCGAAAGAUUCAAUCUGAAAUUGAAAAUAAACGAGAAGAACUUCGAACGAUGGUGGGAGAGAGAUAUCGUGAACUUAUUCAAGCUGCUGAUACCAUAGCUGAGAUGAAAAAAACUUCAUUUGAUUUAAGUGCCAACAUCACCAAACUCAGUCUUCAGAAUCAGGAACAUUUAAUGGGAUUUAAAACUGAAAGUGAAGAACAUGAAAAAUCUAAAGCAUCGAAUACCAAUAAUAUUUAUGGUGUUGUUGUGCAAAUUAAGAUCCUUACACUUUUACCCGAACUAAUCUGGAGUCGAAUCGACGAUGAUGACUUCUUCGUGGCGACACAGCUUUUUAUAUUUUCAAGACAUAUCAGCACAGGAUUAAAACUUGAUGUGAACAAUGAAAUAAUGAAAAAGUUUCCUGUUGCAAAGAAGGAAUGGGAUCUUCUUGCACCAUUUUUUUACACAAUCAGACAACAAUGUCUUCAAACACUUGAACGUGAAAAUUUAACUUCAGAAAUUGCAUCAAAGUGCCUUGCCAGUUUGCUUCUUCUUGAAAAUUGUCAACUCGAAAAAUUGUUAACAACAUUUGUUCAAACACGUUUAAAUGCUUUCACAAAAGCUAUUGAAGCUGAAGAUUACGAUGUCGUGGUGAAAGAAAAGUUGUUAAAAAGUUUAAAAAUAUUAAUUUCUACCAUAACAAUUGUUCACGAUUGUUUCAUUAGAUGUAAUGAUAGCGAAGGUCUUUUAAAUCAAGAAUUGAAGAAAAUCAUUGCUGAAAACUCUCAACCAACACUUUCACUUCUUGAACAUCAAAAAACUCCAAUUUUCCAAACACUUCCAGACAUCAUUGCUAAAUAUAAGCCACAAGUGUUCUUCAGUGAAUUAAGUCAAGAAUCGCUUCAAUCAACGAUUCAAAACUGGCUUAAAUCAGUCGAAAACAUUUCACAAAAGCAACUUAAAAGUUUAAUUCAACUCGUUGUUUCAAUCAAAACUAUUCAAGACAUUCAACAGCAAGUUAUGAAAACUGUCGAGAAACCGAAAAACUGGAAAAUUAUUUGUAAAAAUCUUUCCCUACGUGAUAAUAUCGAUUUCUUUAGAAGUUUUUAUCAGUCAUUAAUUAAUGAUCGUAUUCAAAACAUCAUUAACAUCUUCUGGUCUGACAUCAUUGAAGAAGUCAAUUUAGAAGUGGAAAAGUUAAUAACCGAUAAUGAUCGAGUACAUCGUGAUUUGAAACAUUACGUUUGGUUGGAAGAUCCGACUGACAAUCCAUUAAGUCUCCAAGAUGCUUUAUCAACUAAUAAAUCAUUACAUAAAUUACUAAUGAAAGUUAAAGGAUUCACAACUGCAAUCGUUGAUUUAUGCAAUAAAAUUGAUGGUCGAUUGGAACUUCUCUUCACAGAUCUUAAAAUUUAUCUCGGCGGAAGGUUGAAUGCUGCUGAAAUUCGUCGAUCUAAAGAAAAUGUUGAUCCUGAUCAUAAAGAAAUUGUUUUGUAUCUUCGUGAAUGCAGUAAAGAAAAUAUUUCAACAUUAAUAACAACAAUCAAGUCAUCGAAGUUCAAUAGAACAGCAGAAAAUUGUAUAACAAUUGCACGACUCCUUCAAUCGAUUUCAGAACUUUGUCCAAACCUUCAAUUAUGCUUCACUGGUCAGCUAUUGGUUGAUUCAUCUUCUUUAUCUUAUUUAAGAGAUCCAACUAAACUUGAUGAUGGAGAGAAAGAAUGGAACAACGUUUGCGUACUUUUAGAAGAAGAAAGUAUUCGAUUUUGGCGUUUAUGGAUGGAAAUGUUUGUGGGUGAAUGGAAGCCUUUGGAUCAUAAAUUUGAUCUCAUCAUCAUGCUUCGAGACUUUCCUUCAUGGGAUACAAUAACGAUAGAAGAGAAAGAUGAAAGUGACAACAUCAUUCAGUCACAAAUUCACAUCCCGUCUCAGCUUUCAAUUUCUGUUCAAUGUUGGAUACAUGAGAUCAUCGUCAACUUAAAUAAAAUCAUUCCUCACACAUUACCAAAGUCUAUUCAUAUGCAAAUUGUUGACACCGUUGUCGAUAAACUUCAUGAACAUUACCAAGUGAUUUCAACAAAUGAUUUUACAAUUGAGAAUCAGAAGGCUGCAUGGCAAUUUUUCCUCGAUGUCAAAGUCUUGAUGAUGCUUUUUGUUGCACGUGAAAACAAAGCAAUGAAUGAUAAAUUUCAAGUUCUGACCAAUCAUUUUAAAUCAAUUAUUGAUCCAUUUGAUUUUGAUGUUUUCUAUCAAUAUGUAAAUGGAAAUAUCAAAAGGAAUGCAGCCAGAAUGCAACAUGGUUUUGGUCUUCUUGUACCUAACAUGGAACAUCUUAAUAAUAUUUUAACUAAUCAUAAUGUUACGAGUGUUCAUGAUAAAGAUCCAAAUAUUCUUGUGAUGUGUUCGACAUCGUCAAAUAUUCCUUGGUUUCCACUUUUGCCAAUAAUAACAAAAGAUACAUUAACAGUUGACGAUAUUGUGAAGAAAGAUGAGAAGAAGAUAACUGAAAGAACAACACCAGGAAAUACAUCCAACAAGAAGCAACCAAUUCACAUCUCAUCAUCAACAUCAGCACUUUCUUCACUUCAAGAUUGGUUCCGAUAAAUUUUAACAGUUCUGAAAUAUCUAAUUUCAAUAAAUAUGCUAAGUUCAGUAAUUAUCACAAAAUAUUUUUGUAAAUUAAUCAUUUUAUUUGAAAUCACAUUAA